AUGGUUGAUGCAUCAUCAGACAUAAGAUUGGGAGUAUGGAAUACCAAAAAGUACAAGGCUGAAGAUGGAAUCUCAAAAGACCUUUUGUAUAAAAGAUGGAGGGGACAUCGAGAGGCUGCUUGGACGAUUAUAGAGGCUCUCAAUGAGAAAUCAAGUUCACAUGACGAGAUUAGGCCCUGGGCCAUAAAUCGUCUAUCCUCUUAUAUAGUUGUUGUUAUUUAUGCAAAGAUACUGGUUUUAUUUGGGAUUGUUAUAGAGUCUAAUAUACCGAGUGUCAGAUUAUUACCGACUAAGCUAGAUAGAAUACCUCACGCAGAUAUAAAAUUCUCAAAAAUGGAAGAAAAAUUAAACGUUCAGGCAACACGAGCGGAUAUCCAGCGUCUCGAGCGAGGAAUCGAAUCCUUGGUCAAUAAAAUAGAAAAUUGCGGCAUUGUUCUUGGCGAUGUGGAUGAUGCCCAGAGUAAAGAAUCCGACGAUUUCACAACCACGUCUCCGUCUCUAAUGCGUCGCAAGUCUUCAAAAAACAGGAUCACGAUAACGCUUGACGUACCUACUGUCGCUGAUCAUAACCAAGAAUCGGAUCGGAACGCUGGAGCUAGUCUCAAAGCAAUGUUAAAUCGGACCUAUCCAGAGGCCGUUGUUGAUCUGGUGCAUAAGCUAGGUGGAAAGCUUGGAUUCAAUUCGAACGAGAAUGCACAGCAGCAGACUGAGAACAGCACUGUGGCUGGGACAAGGAGGGAAGAUGGAGGAGCUGCAUCAAGGUAUUCGGAUGAUCCAUCCAUACAAAAGAUGGAUAAUAAACCCGCUGGAAUUUUCUAUGAUACUACCAAGAGUCUUUUAAACACAAUGUACGACGUUCCUCGCCUUGAAACAUGCCAAGCACUGUUGCUUCUUGCGCACUCUGAAAUUAGUCUUUCACGUCUUGAUAGCUCUUAUAUGUAUCUUGGCAUGGCUGUAAAAAUGGCUCAAGCACUGGGUCUUGAUAGAAACGAGACCACAUCUUCCCCAGCGGAAGAUGAGGAGAGGCGACGUGUGUUUUAUUGUCUCUAUACCGUUGACAGAUGGGCCAGCUUUAUAUUCGGCAAACCGCAUACAAUAACCGACAUAAAUGUCUCCGUCCCACUUCCUACACUUGCCAAUUUCGAUCCCAUGACCCGCGACUUCUUUAUCUCCUUUCUGAAACUUUCACGCAUACUUGGUUCCAUCUGGAACUUUGGAUAUUCCUCUCAACCCAAAGCAUCCCUUGCAACAUGGUCGGAACAGGCGAUGGAUGAAAAAUCACCCUUGAGACAAAUCAGAGGAGCGCUGGCAAAAUGGCUGAAAGAGUUGCCGGAUAGCCUGCAAUAUCAAUAUUUGCCGAGUACAGAUUCGAGAGAUAUUUUCCAGUUGGCUAAUUUUACGCCAUUUGCUGGUCACAUCAACAUUCUUUUCCACACGUGCAUAAUCCUCUUACAUCAACCAUAUCUCCCAUUCUCUUCCUCCACAAAAAAACCUUACUCAUCCAGUCCACUAAAGACCUGUCUUACUGCCGCGAUUACAAUAGCAGACAUUGCCAAAACAACACGUCAGGUUGACCCGAACGUAUUUACGGAUUUUAUGUAUUCUCUCUAUGGCCUGACGCAAUCUGCAAUCUUGGAACUUAUGAUUGUGAACGAAAAAGUCGAAUAUUCUGCAAGCGCAAGGAAAGCGUUUGAUGAAACGAUGGGAGAAUUGAGGAUGUUGGCAACAGGUUUAAAAUUUAGUGGAUAUGCAGAUGGCAUUAGAGAGCUGGAUGAAGUAGCAGGAUAUAUAAUAGGAAGUGAUGGUAAUAUCGUCGUUCCAAUUGCGCUGGCGUCACGAUGGUUGGAUAGUGAGGUUGGAAGCGGGACUUACAGUGGAGGUUAUAAUGAUAUUGCAGCACCAGUUUCGUUCUCAAGCCCUCAGAACGUUUCCGUUGUCUCGUCGCCGGGUGCUAUAGAAGACAUGGUUAUGGAAGGGUCACCGAAAAUUAAAACUAAUGAAGCGUGCGGAGAGAAGCGCAAAAAGAACGCAGAAAAGGGGUUUGCAGAAAAGCGAAGAAGGAACACUGAUGAGAUGGAACAAGAUUUGAUGCUAAACAAUGAGACGGCGAAUAUGCAAGGCCACAUAGAUCAACAGCAGCAACAGUUGAUAGCAGAAGACAAGCAGCCACAGUCACAACCACCACAAUAUUUAAACGCACGUUUACCCCAUUCUCACGCACAGACACCAUCAACUCCGCCCUCUUCAGCCCCAUCUUCUUCCCCAUCUUCUGUAUCCUCUCCACAAGCUCCCGCACCAAACCCUAUACAGCUUUUCAUGGUACCUCAGUCGACCUUAUUCUCCGCUGGGCCGGAGGGGGUUAUUCCGUCCCAUAUGCAGCAACAGAUAUCAUCGACGAUGCAAUCGCAAAUGCAACCUACCUUUCAACAAAUUCAAUCCCAAUUCCCGCACGCACUCCACUCUACCCAAGUUCAACCAAAUUUCCAAUCACAACCGAUCCUUCAUCAGAUAGUACCGCAAGAAUCGUGGGAUUCUGGUUCGUUCUGGACCAACGAUAUUUUCUUUUCUAGUCCUACGGGUGAACUUGGGAGCAUCUAUUCUAUGAGUGACACCGAGGACAGAGGUGGUGACAAUAGGGGGAACUGA